UAUAAAUGCAAAAAUAGAUGGUCAUCAGCUUCAUUCCAUCUCUCCAUCAAUUUCUAGAGAGAGAAACAAAAGAGGCCAUAUCCUUGAGAUGAGGCCAACCACCUCCGCCACCGCCGCAAGCCCUACCGCCGCCGCCACCAUAGGGUUUCACCGGUGGAACUCGCCCAUUCCUUACCUCUUCGGCGGCCUGGCUCUGAUGCUAGGACUCAUCACCUUAGCAUUGGUAAUUCUAGCUUGCUCUUACAAAAAUUCUUCAUCAGAUUCUUCCGGUACUGGUGCCGAAGAAAAGCCGGCCCGGCCUUCACACGCGCUGCAACCGGAAAUGGAGCCGAAGAUUGUCGUGAUCAUGGCCGGAGACGAGAAUCCGACGUUCCUAGCAAAGCCGGUCUCUUCCACUCACCACAGCGAACAAGUUUGAGGCUUAUCUGUUGAUUCAAGAAUCAGUUUUGAAAAACACUUUUCAAAACAAUUUUGAUUCUGUCUACCAAACGAGUUUUCCGAAAACUGAUUCUUGAAAGGAACGAAACAAAUGGGUCGCAUCGUAUCGAUCGAUAGCCAUUUUUCUUCUUUAUAUAUGAGAGUUCUUCUCUCUCUCUCUCUCUCUCUCUCUAUAUAUAUAUAUAUAUAUAUAUAUAUAUAGUCUUCUUCAUGUAAACUGUGUCUUUGUUACAGAUCAUACCGGCCGGAAUGUAAAUUGAUGAGUGUAAAAGGACAUUAAAAUGUCAGAGUAUAUUUUUGCAAAUCUUAUUCUA